CGAUUCUGCUCUUCUUCUCCUUUCUUCCCGCUACAGCCACUCGAAAGAAAAAAAAAAAAGGGGAACCAGCCAUGCUUUGAGAAACCGGUAAAGCUUGAUGAUUUUCCCUUCCUUUCUUGUUCUAGAACUUGAUUUGGAACCCAGAAUUCUUCCCCCCUGCUGGAAAAUCCGAAUCUGCUUUGCUCUGUCCGCCGGCUGCUCUUGUUGUGGGGGUGAAUUGCUUUGAUUUUCUGACCCGUGAGCUUCCCUGCAGCUUGCCGCCGGCCUCUUCCCCCCCUGUAGCUCCGGUUUCUACAGCUGGAGAAUUAUGGAAAAUCCCGUGAGAUUAGUUAGUGUUUUGGCCAAUUUGUGGGAGUGGAGUUACUGUUCACGUCAGGGGUACUGUUCACCGAUACUGUUCACACCCCGAGGGCCAACAAUUAACGGGGAUUUAAGUGAUUAGUUUGUGAUAUAAGAACAAAUUUGGAGAUAUUUGAUCAUGUGGAGAUUUAUGGAAAUAGCAUUGUGAUUAGGAAUGAUCCUAAUGAAGUGUUCAGUGUGAAUUUGUGAUAGUCCGGUAUUAAUUCUGAGUAUUUUGAUUAGGUUCUCAAUCGUUCUGUCAGUUUAGUACGUGAAUUGAGUGCUCGGUUUUGCGGAGUGAGGUAAGUAAAUUUAUGGUAAUGCCUGUACUGUUUUUAAAAGCAUGUUUUGAUUUGUUUUUGAAGUGAUGGCGGGACUAAACCCAUUUUACACGAGCAUGAUUGAUUUGAAGUGAAAGGUCUUAUGCUUUUCAUUAAAUUGAGCAUGCCUACUUGAAAUUUAAUGAUUGUCCUGAUGAUCUGAAAGUGAUUGGUAAAUUAUGUUUUUCUGUUAACUUCAGCCUAUUUUGUCUCCGAUGUGGUUAUGUUCUUGUAACCCUACUAGUGGGGGUUAAACGCUAGCACAUGUCGGCACAUGUCGAUAUGUUCCUAUUAGAACCGGUUCAUUCCUGUAAUCCUGCUAGUGGGAGUUAAACACUAGUAAUUUCUGUUGCCUGCCAGUGGGAGGUUUAAACACUGGCCAUGACCUAUAGAGGAGACGUCUAUUUCGUUCCAGCACUGUAUCCGUUUUUCGUGAUUGUACUUGUUGGCAUGCUAUAAGUUUAAUAAGGGCACUCCAUAUUUUACUUAUUGAGUUUAUCUUAUAGUUUUUCCUUGUCCACCAUUUCAGGAAGCGAAACUGAGGACGGGGAAACCACAGGAAGUGACGAGUUAGAAGGCUAGCCAUUUCGAGAUUGAUAUAGAUUUUUAGAAAUAAAUCAUGAUCUUGUAAACUAGAGUGUAUUGGAGAUUUUAUGAUAUGAGAGAAAAUUUUAAAGAUUUGAUCUUCAGAUUUUGGUGGUAUCAGAAUACAGUAUGAUAAGUUCC